GCUACUGCCUUGGCGGCCGCGUUAGAUUCUCUGGGACUGGUUUGUAGGACUUUCCGGAGCCCCGCUCAGUCAGGACCGCGGUGCCGGGUCUAAAUUUCCGGGAGUCGUUCUCCGCGCCGCACAAACGCGGGUGUGACGCUCGGCGACCCCGCGAGGGACCCGCUUCAGGGCGGGAGGGAACCGCCCCCUCGCCCGCCGCCGCCGCCCGAUGAGCCCAAUGGCGGCGGCCGCGCCCAGGCGCCCGGCUGAGGCCUGGGUGACCUUUGAGGACGUGGCCGUGUACUUCUCCUCGGAGGAGUGGGAGCUCCUUCAUGAGGCUCAGAGACGCCUGUACCACGAUGUGAUGCUGGAGAACUUGGCCCUGAUGGCCUCCCUGGGUUGUUGGCAUGGAGCCCAGAAUGAGGAGGCCCCAUCUGAGCUCAGCAGUUCUUCACAAGGAGGGUCCCAGGUCAGGACCUGCAAGGCAGGUGUGUCUCCCCCGGAGGCCCAUCCUUGUGAGCUGUGUGGUGUGGACGUGAGAGACAUUUUGCACUUCACUGGGCACCGUGGGCAGACCCUGUACAAGACGGGGGCCUGUGAGAAACAGUUGGAUGUUAGCGCGGAACUCGAGCAUCAGAAGCAGCCCACGGGAGAGAUGUGCUUCGGAGACUGCAUGGAUAGAGCCUCCUUUGGAAAGGACUGCAGAUUCUGUGUGUCAGGGCAGCCCGAUUCCUGUGAGGCCGUUGUGAGGGACUUCCUGGCCAGCUCAAGAUUCCUCCAGCAUCAGGCCGCACACACCAGGGAGAAGUCAAACCAGGGAACUGAGUGCGGAACAGCCUCUCAUAAGGAAAGAACUCUGUCUGACUCAGAAUACACUAAAGAUUUUAAUUGCAAACGCAAGCUUGUUCAGCACCAGAGAGUCCUCUCUAACGAAAGAGGCUACAAGUGCAGUGAAUGUGGAAAAUCUUACAGCAAAAGCUAUAGUCUGAAUGACCAUUGGAGAGUUCACACUGGGGAAAAGCCUUAUGAGUGCGGGGAAUGUGGGAAGUCCUUUAGGCAAAGCUCUAGCCUCAUUCAACACCGGAGAGUUCACACUGGAGCACGGCCUCACAAGUGUGAGUUAUGUGGAAAAUUAUUUAGCAACAAGUCCAACCUCAUUAAACAUCGAAGAAUCCACACUGGAGAAAGGCCUUAUGAGUGCAGUGAAUGUGGGAAGUCCUUUAGCGAAAGCUCUGCACUCCUUCAACACCGGAGUGUUCACACAGGGGAGAGGCCUUAUGAGUGCAGUGAAUGUGGAAAGUUCUUUACCUACCACUCCAGUCUCAUAAAACACCAGAGAGUUCACUCUGGGUCCCGGCCCUAUGCCUGCAGUGAAUGUGGAAAAUCCUUUACUCAAAAGUCCAGCCUCAUUGAACACCGCAGAGUCCAUAGUGGGGAAAGGCCAUAUAAGUGCAGCGAAUGCGAGAAAUCUUUCAGCCAAAGCUCUGCGCUUCUUCAGCAUCGGAGAGUUCACACUGGAGAAAGGCCUUAUGAGUGCAGUGAAUGUGGGAAAUUCUUUACUUACAGCUCCAGUCUCUUAAAACACCAGAGAGUUCACUCUGGUUCAAGGCCUUAUGAGUGUAGUGAAUGUGGAAAGUCCUUUACUCAAAAUUCUAGUCUCAUCAAACACAAGAGAAUUCACACAGGAGAAAGGCCUUAUGAGUGUAGCCAGUGUGGGAAAUCUUUUAGCCAUAGCUCAAGCCUCAUUAAACACCGAAGAGUUCACACUGGAUAACGGACUUGUGAGUAUUAGAAUGUGGGAAACUUACUUUUUUUAAAAUAUAUUUUUUAUUACAGAGAGGAACGGAGAGGGAGAGAGGGAGAGAGAAACCUCAAUGCUGACAGAGAAUCAUUGAUUGGCUGCCUUGUACAUGCUUCCUACUGGGGAUUGAGGCUGCAACCCGGGCAUGUACCCUUGAACAGAAUCGAACCCGAGAGCCUUAAGACUGCAGGCUGAUGGUCUAUCCACUGAGUUAAACUGGCUAGGGCAGAAUGUGGGAUAUAUUUACCCUUAACUCCUGGUCCGAAAACACCACGUCACAUUGGAUGAAGGCCUUAUGAUUGUGGUAAAUGUAGGAAAUCAUUACCAAAGUCUAGCCUCAUUACAUCCAGAGAAUUCACAGUAGGGGCAGACCUUAUAAGUGCAGUGAAUGUGAGAAGGCCUUUCAGGUGCAGAACAUACCUUAUGGAUACCACAGAUUUAAAAUGGGAGAACUGCCUUAAUUGGGCAGGUAUAUACUAUUUGUUCAGUGCACCAGCACUGGAGUAGACCCAACAUGAAGCUGCCAUUUGCCUGUGUUGAGCCUCAUACAUCUGAACAUCUAUAUGAAUUCCAUGUAUGCAGCAACUGCAUUGCACUUUUUUU